AUGACUCCCCCGAAAGUGCGCUCUUCGCAGGCGCCAUCACCGCAGGAGUUGUCGCCUCAGAGGCCGCCGCCGAGCACCCAGGCCAUUAUCCAGGACUGCUUCGACGACGUCUUUCUGACAGCUUCGCAGUUGGCCCUGGAACUCGAGGAUGAUGAGCCUGAUGAGAAUUCACAGGCCUUCGCCCAAUCUUCUCUCAAGGAAUACGAGUCUCCUCGGUUUACCAGCUUGGAAAAUAGUCUACCAGAGCGAACGCAACGGCAUGUUCCGGCCCGGCCGGUGAUCAGCGAUAUGGCAUCACAUCAGGCCAAGAAACCUCGUACUGAGGGUGUCGUCGAGUCUCACAAAAGCUCAAGAAACUCUAGACCAACUGCAAAGCCGUCCAGCGCUCGCUUCACCAGCGUGCACCACACGCCACAGACAGAACUGCCUACCACUGCCAAAUUUCAGACACCUGAUCCCAAGCAACGAGGGAAUCAACGCUAUACAGAGAAACCAAACAGGGGCUUGCCGGGUCGAGCACCUUUCGCGCGCCCGGCCCCUACGAAACCUACACCUUUCAGAGAAUACGGCCAGACGACAACAAAACCCACCAGAAACGACCACCUGCACAGGACACCGAUAACGCCCAAACCCAGGGGCAUUCUACAGGAAAUCAGUCGCAACCGCAUUCCUCAGCCGAAGCCUCCGGCCGCCGCGAAACCCGUAUUCGACGACUUCUUUCCCCUGAUUUGUACUCAGGACUUGAUGAUGUCGUCGCAGGAAGUGUUGGAGAUAGAGUCCCCGGCGAAGGUGGAUAGUGAACCGUCCUCCGGAGGUUCGCUGGGAGGUCCCGAGUACCAACCAUCACCCCUGAUUGAAAUGGACUUGGCGGCUAUUGAUUGGGAUGACGACUUGGAUGACUUUUGA